GUCACACUAAGCGUAGUGCGAGUAUGCUUGGUUGAUUAACGUGAAAAGGUCUAUGUCUCUCGUGGAUUUUAGCUUCGGACUGGGAUAACGUGUAGGAUUUUCUCAACACCUGGAUUUCUUCUGUGGAUUUAUAUAAUUUCUGUGUUCGCAUAUGUGUUUUUAGGCCACCUAAACGAUGUCUUCUUCUCAAAAAGCAGAGGAAGAAUGGCCUACCAUAUCGCGUUUAGAGAGGAUUUAUUACCAAAUACUUUUCUACAGCCAAGGACCUCUCGAUGGCUAUCUCCUUGGUGAGAGAGCCCGUGACCUUUUCCUCCACUCCCGGCUCCCUUUGAUGACACUCAGCAGGAUCUGGAACUUGGCUGACGUGACAAAUGACAAUGUGCUCAAUGUGGAUGAGUUUGUGUUGGCGAUGCAUCUCACACGUGGUAUUCUACGGGGGAGGAAAAUUCCAAAGGCCCUCCCCCAUAACCUCAAACCCAAGUCCUCUACCCUGGUACAGCUCCCCCACAUGUCGGACAAGGAGAAGGACGCUUACCUCAGGGUGUUCCAAAGUCUUGACACUAGCCGCAAGGGCUUUUUCGAAGGUGCCGAUGCAUGCCAGAUUCUCAAGUCUUCAGAGUUAUCUCCAGAACAGUUGGUAGAUGUAUGGGACCUGUCUGACCUCAACAAAGAUGGCUGCCUGGAUACCGGCGAGUGGACAGUCGCCUGCCAACUUGUCAGACUCCACAAACAAGGCUAUAAACUAGAGGGCAGCAUCAAUGCAUUCACCUACUUACCGGACCGAAUCUCACCUAACUCUCUUCAGGCCAGAAAACAAAGAGUGAAUGAAUAUGACAGUUACAAGCAGAGGCUUAUGUCCAUCAAGGAAAAGCGAAAAGCACAAGCAGUUCAAGAGAGCCGACGACUCAGUUUGACGAAAGAAAAGAUCUCCCUUGAAAAAGAUUUGUAUGCUGCCUUAACCAGACUUGGAAAGAGUCCGAUCAGUGAAGAUAGACAUAACAGACUGACUGAUGCUGACACAAAAGAAAUAGAAAAACUUGAAGAAAUCAUAGCGAGAUUAAAGAAGGAGCAUGAGAAGAUCCGACAAGACACAGUCAAGGUGAUUUUAGGGGAACAGAAGUUAUAUGGAGAGAAUGUCAUCAUAAAGGAGGAGACGGCUGAACUCAAUAAGCGAUUAUCGUCUCUUCACAGUAAAGCUACAAAAGAUCCCGAUCCUUUCCACCAACUUUACGAACAAAGAAGAGAGGAGAGAAAGAAGAGUAAUUUAUCGGAGGGUGAAGAGCCGGAAGUACACUACCCGUUCAAAACAAGUCCAUUUGACAAAGACGCUAUAGACAGAAUUCCAGUGACUGGCGAAAGUUUGUUUUUAAAUUCUCACACCUCAGACAAUAACAAUAAAAACUUAUCCAAAGAAAACGAGGAAAUCCUUGCAAGCCUACACGGCUUCGGAGACAAGUUCUUUGAAUUGUGGAGUAGUGGUAAGCCCGGGAAAUCUCCAGAUCGACGGGGAAGCUGUUCCACAAUGGAGGAUGAGGAAGAUACUGUGUUCAUGACAAUCAAAGGUGAUGAAGAUGACCGGGAAUGGUCAAGUGUGAGUUGGGUCAGUGAAGAGGACAUUGUGAAAGGCGACAGUGAACUUACGAACCUUCACAAGCGACUGAUUGACCUAAAGGAUGAGAUGAAGAAACUCAACAAGGAGACUGGUGGCAAGCUUGUAUUUAGAAAUCCAUCCGACUACUUAGCUCGUAAAAAGGCGAAGGAAGAGGAAGAACUAGAGAAAGCCAAACCCAAGCGAUCCAAGAGUUCGGUAGACUCGGAGUAUGUCGUCAAACGGCGCAGCUGGAUAGAUCGCAGAAAGGACACCAACGAUGCACACUCACAAGAGAUCAGAUCGAAAAGGCGGUCAUUAAAUAUUGAUUCAAAAGCUGAUGGUGGACUUUCUCCAAGAAAAACUGCCCCAGAUCGACCGCAGAGACUUCCAGUAAAAAGUGAUAGUCAAAUUCCCGUUUCAGAUAGGUCUCGUAAGAACAUAAACUGUGAAAGUGUUGAGCCAUCUGCCCCCACUAGGAGUCCCCGCAGAGCUGCCUCUCCCACAACAAGUCCAACUCGAUCCACAAAAAAGACAAGAGCUCCCCCACCUCCCGUUUCCCCCACUGUUUCAUCUGUCCCCACCGAACCAGUUCCUGUCAUCUCUCCUCGUAAAUCGAAGCAGGAAGCAGUCACAACUGAAAAAUCCAAAGAGGAAGUAACAACACAGGAAGUGAACUUGCCCGAAAAAUUAAAACAGGAGGUGAACUCUCCUGUCAGAGAAGUUAAAGAAGUCGUGAACACGGAGAAGGAGACACCUUCACGUCCCCCACGUAAAAAGCGUCCAUCGUCUUCCACGUCGCCUGAUCGUGCUAUUAGUGUGCCUUCCGUAGAUACGUCCAGCAAAUCUUGUGAUAAAAAGACCGAAAAAUCUGAGGUCCGAUUCUCACCUGAACCGAAAUUGAUUCCAGAUGCUCCACUAGUUAACGGUGAAGUUAGCUUUUCUCUAGUAUCAGUUGAUCCGAAAAGAGACGACUCGACAGAGAAUGGACCUUUGACUGUUAAUGAAAUCGUUAAAUCUAGUGACAAUCAAAAUUUCCACAAGGAGAGCUUGACCAAUCAGGUUACGACAAUAUCAGUGGAAUCUGGCAAAUCAGAAAAAAGCAGCCAAGCGACCAAUCAGAACACUCCUUUCUCAAACGGACAUUUACCAUCCACAGAAGUUGUUGAAGAACAGAUAGUUCAGGUUAAAAAAUCAAAAUCAGAAAGUGUUCCUCAAUUUACAUCAAUCAUCUUUGACGACAAUAUAGUUGAUGAGGAGGUUGAACUAACUUUUAAGAAAUUUUCACAGCAACCGCCCGACGUUGUUUCGUUAGCAGAAUCGAUUCAUUCCACACAUUCAGGUACAAGUACUGAGUCUUUCGUGCCCAACCUACCCUCGUCCCCGCCACCGUUACUGCCCUUGGGUGGGAUUCCUAAAAAGUUAGUGUCUGCAGAAUCUGUAGAGGAGGAAGUUAUAGAGGUCGUGACCUCACCUGUUGUGGAAUAUAAACCAAUCGCAGAGGAGAAAAGUCUUGAGUGCGAGCCUGUUGAAGAAGAAGUGAUAGUAGUGACAAAAGUCACAAAGAAAGAAACAUUGCCUGUUAAUCAAACAGAGGAAGAAGAAUUGAUAGAAGUUGCAAAUAAUAUAAAGGAAGAAAUAUUGCCGGUUGUUCAAAGGGAGGUAACCUCUCCAACUGCGUCUGAACUUAGAGCAGAAUUCUUUGGACUAAAUAAGAAAUCUGGACCUGUGAUGUCUGAGGAAAUAUUUUUUGAGGAUGAUGUUCCUCAGACGAACGGACAUGUUGACCACAUGGACGUCUUCAUCAGUGACUUAAAAAAUGAGGUCAGUUUGAAGGAGGCAGAUGAUAAGGACGAAGAAUCGGACAUAUCUGAGGCAGACGAACAAGAAAAUGGUCAUUUUAAGGCUACAUUUACUCCAGGUGAUGCCAAAAUAGGGAGUGUGCCCACUGACGUGGCGUUUGAUGACGAGAAUGACGGAGGUAUCCAACUCGUCUCCUUCAACACCACCGAGAGUUCCAUGCUUCAGAGUCCCGGGGAACAGUCACAGACCGACUCCGCCUUCGACGAGUUGAUGUCGAGUACAGACCAUGACAACAGUAACCAGGUCAGUUUGUGUAACACGCUCGAGGACUUCCAGGAGCAGGAAGAGGAGGUUGUCACGGAAACUGUGGAAGUCCAAGACUUUGUAGAAUUUCACAGUCCACCGGUGAAGGAACAGAUGCAGGUAGAUGAAGUGGUCUUUGUUGAAUCGGCUCCGCAACCGUCCAAACCAGAACCAGAGCUAGAAAAGGUUGAACCAGAGCCAGAAAAGGUUGAACCAGAGCCGGAAAAAGUUGAACCAGAGCCGGAAAAGGUUGAACCAGAGCCGGAACCCAUUGUAAUCGAAACAAUGGAGGUUGUCAAAGAGGUCAAGGUUGAAUCUGCACCCAAGCCUAUUCAUAAUGAACCAGAGACACCUUUGGUUGAUGACGUUGUCACAAAUAAGGUCACAGUUGUCUCCCCUCCUGCAACCCCGAUGCAUGCCUCCUACAACGCUGGACUCCGAGACACAUCAUCCAUUGUCAAGAAGGCACGUAAUUUCUCCGACAUCAUCACAGAGCCGCCCAAGUUCACCGUUAAAGCGAGUACGAAAGAGGUUUCGGAAGAGAGGCUGAAGCAGAUGGACAUGGAAAGGAAGGCUAUUCUACAGCAGAGUAUGAAGUCUACCAAGUCGUUGGACGUCACUUACUCAGAUGAAGAGGAAACCGUCACAGAAGAUAACAGCCAGCCGAGUCCAUCACUAGGAGUCUCUGACAAGCAGAAAUGGAACGCCGACACUGACGAAGAUACAACGACAGAAACUGAUUACAAAGUUGCUCUUAAAAGCAGCGUCAGUUGGGAAGAUAAACCUGAAAAGGUUAAUCUAUAUAGUGCAAACGUCGUCGAAGACGGUAAAACGACAGAAAUUGUAGACAGGGAAUCCAUUGCGGAUCUCGGGUCGACACGCAAACAGUGGGAGACAUUGUUUCAGUCGUCGACGACAUCUUCGCCAGCACCAAAACAGACACCUAAGAAAGGUUCGGUCAAACAUUGGGAGGUCAAGCUUCCAUACAAACCGGUGGGUGUGAUCAAUUCUGCCGAGCCUUCUGCAGAAGAGCCAUCUAGUGAAAGCUCUAGUGAAAGAAAAAUGGAUGACGAAUACGCAAAUGAAAGUGCCAUAGCUCGUGAGAUUCGUCUCGCAAAUGAGCGAGAGGAAAUGCUUAAACGCGAGCAAGAAGAACGAAUGGAACUUAUGAAACGCCAGGAAGAAUCAAAACAGAUGCAAGCAAAAGCAACGUUUGAGGUACAGAACAACAACAACAACAACAACAACGAAUUAAAGACAAUGUAUCAUGAAAUGACUGAAGCUGACCGUGGAUCGGAACUUCAGCGACGGGAAAUUAUUAUCAAGCAGGAGAUUGAGGAACAACAGGAGCGCGAACAAGCUGUCAGCCAAAAUGUGAUCAGCGACAAUGAGGAGACGGACACCACCGAUGAACAGAUUGAUGCCACAGAGAGUGUUAUAGCUCGUGAGAUUCGUCUUCAGCAGGAACGCGAGGAGGAAGUUGCUCAACAGAGACAAAAAGAGGUUGCGCCACCCACCCCUGUGGCCCCUCCCCCUGUACUUUCGGAAACCGCUAUAAAACCUAAGGCGACUGAGGAAGUUGAAUCUGACCCACAAUCAGAGAUUUCAUACGAGGAGGCGAUCAGAGCUUACCAGCAUGAAGGUGAGAGUCUCAUUGCAAGGGAACUCCGUGAGACACGGGAACGUGAGGAAGAACUGCAGAAGAUGAGGGAGACUUUGUCACAGACAAAAGCUGUCAAAGAGUCGCCCAUCUCCAGUUCUACACAAUCCGUUCAGAAAAGUACACCCAUAAAAUCGGAACCCGUCAAGACAAAAUAUUUGUCCCAAAGUGUUCAAAACAAAGUCUCUAGUCAGUCCACACCAAACAAAAGCAUUCGGAUAACCAUGACACCGCCAGUCACGCCGCAGAAUAAUAGUGACGUUAUUCCAGAAAAGAGUGAAACUCCUAUCGAAAAAGAGAUACGAUUGGCCGGGGAACGAGAAAAUGAACUAAGACGACAGAAAGGUUUGCCAGAAAUCUCGGCUCCACGACAAAGCUUGUACAGUGACCAAUCACCAGUUUCUAAUGGGACUGAUGUAGACGUGCUUCCAACAGUACCGUCAUACAGAAACUUAAGGUCGUCCGAAAAUUCUGUAACCAUGAGGAAUUAUGGGUCAAACAGGUUACAGAAAGAACUUGAAAAACAGCGUGCUAAAGAGCUGGCUAUGAAACAGGAGGGAACAAUUAAGUCAACGUCGGAGGAGCAUAUACAAACGCCUAGAUACACUGAAGAGAAGUCGGAUAAACCAGUGAAACGGAACUUUAACAUUCAGCGAAGAAGUAUCAGUAAUAUGUCUAAUGAUUCAGAAAAAACACCUUCUGAACAUUCAGAUACAGAUUCUCUUAAAGACAUGCCAAUCACCCCUGUAGGCCCGCCCAAAGAGGAGGUGCCUAACAGAUUCAAACGUACCAUUUCCUCUGGCUCAAAUGUGUUCUCCUAUAAGGAAACCACACAAAAGGCAGAGUCCAAAAUUGAAAAGGAGCUCCGUGAAAUGAGAGAGCGAGAAGAGGAACUAAGACAGCAGAGAGAGCAGAUCGCUGCAGCCAGAAAAGCAACGAGUCCGAGUUGAAAGGUCAAACCUUGACCUUUAACCCGAAGAAGUGAACUUUUCUCUCCAAAGGGCCUCAGUGUUCAUGAUAUAUGCAAUUUACAUUGUUAAAUCUAUCCAGUUGGAGGAUUUUCUUUGAUGACAGAGAAAAAAAUAGCUUAGACAAGAGUUGUCAGUGCUGAGCAUAAUUUCAAAGCCUGGUGCUUGCCCUUGGACCUUCGAUGAACUGGCUGUAAGGGUUUCUAAGCAACUGUGAAAAACCAAUGGAGCAGGAUAUUUUCGGUAUCCUCAUAGACAAAUUCUCAGUAUUGUGUUGGGUCCCAAAUAGUUCAUGGGACAGUUAUUUUGGUUACUUCAUUUGUUAAAGAUUUUGUUUCACAUUUUUGGUUUUUUUAAUCAUGGCAAUGAAUUAAGUCCUUCGUGCAAUGAUUAAGCUUUUCUGUACAUGCAUUGGAACAAAGUUUUACUUUAGUAACAUUUUGAAUCUAGAAGAUGAUGUGUCGUCUGCUCAUCUUUGACUUGCCGUCGGUUUGGUCGUAAAGAUCCCUACAGAAUGUAUAACUGGUUUAAAUUGUCAACAGAUCUUUAUUAACUCUGAUCCACUCUUUGUCAAUUUCAAAUGUAUCCCUUCAAAUAUUUUGAAUAUUUUAUGGAAAAAAUUAUCAAAGUAUGGAUUAUAACAGUCUUGGAAACGUUUAAUCUAUACCUUGUCCUGAAAAAAACACAUUCAGUUUGAAACAUGCAUAAACUAACCUAGCCAAGGUCAAGGGUCAGAUUUUAAGGUACGAUUGUUUACUGGUCCUCACAGUUAAGGGUUGUUAUCUCCCCUGCACAUUCUACUGCUGCCAUAAAUAGUUGGCAAUACAUAGCCUCACUAUGGCGACGGUAAACACUUAAAGAUUUCAGCCGACUUUGCUUUACAACAAGACAAAGUGCCAAGGAGCUAUUUUGGAUGUUGCAUACGAUAUGUAUGUAGCAAAGCAGUGCCUAGAUAAGGCGAGAAAAUGGAGGCUAUCUAAGUUGUUGUGUCUGCGAAGUCGUGACUAACACUGUGUGUGUCUGCGAAGUCGUGACUAACACUGUGUGUCUAGCUCAUGACCUUAGUGCGUUUUGCACACUGAUCAUGAUACAGGGAUAAAUUGGCCAUUAUUUAAUCACCAGACAGGUGUUUGUAGCUAGUAUAAGUCAGCUGAUGACAAUGGACCAGUUCUGUAUUAUUAUUUGAGACUUUCCAAUCCAGAUGAGUAAAGGAGGUCAACAUAAGGACUUGUAUACCCAAAUUUGUUGUAUUGACCACCAUUCAGACUCUCACCCUGAUUCUCUUAAACGGUGUUGUUAUAGGGGAGAAUUCACAAUGAACUUUUGAUAUUAACUUUUACAAUGUUAUAUGCAAAUCAAUAUUUUUGUCUAAUUUCAAAAGUUAUUUUACAUUUAUUUUAUAGAAUUGAAAAUACAGAUCAGUUGAAUUAACCUCAAAUUGUCAAUACUAUCAUAUGUAAAAUUCAAUUUAAUUCACAAUUUCGUUUUGUUCAAUUUCUGCUUUUAGAUAAGUACAUAUAUACAAUAUAUCCCUAAAUUUAGUUGUUGUACUCUAUGGCCUGGAUUUAUAUAUACAUACCUACAGGACGGAAGAGACCAGAUCUGAUCCAGCUAGUACUGGUUAUAAGGGAAACCCCAAAAUAUUUAUCUGUGUAUAGUUAAGUCACUUUUGAGAUAGGAGAUCCAUAGAUACUUUCUUGUAAACAUUUCAUUCAUCUUGAGUGGAGAAAGUUGAAAACUGUGGGUAUCAAAAGAUGAUCGAAAUAGCCUUUUAUAUCCUGCAAAAUUAUUGAAAUUUAAGAAAUCAUUUUAGGUAUUGCUGAUGAAUUGCUAUGACAUGUACUGCAACUCUGUGAAAUCAAUUUUACAGUAGUUUCACAUUUUCUUUUUUUGAAUUUGACCUGCCUGUAUAUACUGAUGUAAAUUAAAAAAUAACAUACUUAUCAUGUUAUCUUACAGAAUGUUUAAUUUUUCAUAAAUUAACAUGUAAGAGAGGACAGAUUUGCGCCAAUUUUAUUUCUUAAGUGCCUUUUUUUGUUUUUUUAUUAAUAUCAUUUCCUGGUUAAGGGGAGCUAACUCAAGUAAAGACGGAACAGAUACAAACUUUUUACAGUCAUACAGUAAAAAUUGUUUGAUUUCAUCGAUGUUUAAUGACUAUUUCGCAAA